GGGACUAUUUCUCAGGAGCACCACUUCCGGCCUGAGAAGGAAGUCUCCUCCUUUUUCUCCCAAACCGCUUCUUCCCCCCUACCCCCCGCCACGCGAGGCAGCGGCGCACGGUAUGGGUGUGUUUGUGUGUAUUUGUGUGGGGAGGGCGUUUGGAGGGGAGGUUACCGGGAGCUCCGAGGCCGCUGGGGGACAGGGAUCCCGGUGACAAAGAUGGGGAUAUUUCCUCUGUCUUCCACUUGGAAACCUCAACCCCCGCUUCAGGCCCCCUAGAUACUUCCUGGGGCCCAACCGAAGGCCAUAGCCAUCCAAAGCGUUCCCAUCCUUUCUGGGGAGUGAAACUUACCCCCGGGGUUCGUCCCAGAGGAGCGUGAGGGGGGAAUGCCCGGGUCAACCGGGCUGUCCGAAUUCCGCGCCGGCUCAGUCUCCGGCCUCAGUCCGCGAGAGAGAUCUGCCUGUCGAUCUGGGCUGGGGGAAAGGCGGCAGUGGCCUGGGCCACAGGUGAGGGCAGAUUAACCAGUGGGAAGGCUGCGUUUUCACGAAGGACUCGGGUGAAGCUGCAGAGCUGCCUUUGAGCCCUGACUCCUUGGCUUCCUGGGUCGGAGGAGAUCUUGUAAUGGAGUGGUUCUUCGUCUCACUAACAAGAUGCCUGAUUUCCUCAGGAUCAAGGGAUUGAAGAAUGUCCCGGAUUCCACUGGGGAAAGUUCUCCUGAGGAAUGUCAUCCGGCACACAGAUGCUCACAAUAAGAUUCAGGAGGAAUCAGAUAUGUGGAAAAUAAGAGAACUGGAAAAACAGAUGGAAGAUGCUUACCGGGGGACCAAAAGGAAAAUGCUACCCAGCAGUUCAAGCCGGAUGCGCAGUGAUGGUUUUGAUGAAGAAAGUCAAAGAGACUAUUGGAGGCCAAAGAAUGAAAUUUCUGGGACACUGGAAGAUGAUUUUCUUAAGGCAAAAUCCUGGAACAAGAAGUUAUAUGAUUAUGAAGCUAACAUGCCAGACAGAUGGGGUCACAGUGGUUAUAAAGAGUUAUACCCUGAAGAAUUUGAAACAGACAGUGAUCAGCAAGAUAUUACCAAUGGGAAAAAAACAUCUCCCCAGGUAAAGUCAUCUACCCAUGAAUCCCACAAACACAAGAAGUCAAAGAAAUCCCACAAAAAAAAGCAGAAAAAAAGGUCACACAAAAAACAGAAGAAAAGCAAAAAGGAAGCCACAGAUAUAACAGCAGAUUCCUCGAGUGAGUUCUCAGAAGAAACGGGGGCUUCUGGUACAAGGAAAAGGAAACAACCACAUAAGCGCAAGAAAAAAUCCAGGAAAAAGUCUCUCAAAAAACCUGCUUUAUUCUUAGAGGCAGAAGGUAACACUUCACAUUCAGAUGAUUCAGCAUCCAGCAGUUCUGAGGAAAGUGAGGAAAGAGACACUAAGAAAACCAAAAGGAAAAAGAGAGAGAAAAAAGUCCAUACGCCUGUAGCCAACAGUGAAAUACAGGAGAGGACAAACAAACGCACAAAUUGGAAAGUAGCUACAGAUGAAAGGUCUGCUGAGAGUUCAGAGGAUGACUAAAUGGGAAACACUUUUGUUUUCCACAUGACUGUGGAUAUUUACAGUUCUUACUUCUUGUGGUUUUGCCAGUGACUCUUGUUCAGCACAGGGCGAGGUCAGAGCUGUCUUGUGCCAUCCUUAUGUUCUGACAGACUUCUUGUCUUCUAUUUUGGCGUUAAGCUUGAUCCCCUUUUCUUGUUAAAGGGGAAUCUGGUAUUUUGUUAUGAAGGUUUCUUGAAGAGAUUAUUUUUUUUUGCAUUAAUUACGUUUAAUGUAGAGUGCAUAUACAGCAAAUUAAAGGACCCAGAAAGCUGGAUCCAAUAGUGACCUGGGUACACCAAUCAGAAUAUUGAAUUUGGGGAAGUCAAGGGCUGGGAUCAAGAGGUGGAUUGGAACUAAUGCCGUGUAGGAUGGUAUGACAAGGCAACACUAUAUUGCUCUCUGUUUAUAUAGCAGGUGUCACAACUGACUUGUCUUUAGCCUUGGUGCUUUGAUCCUUCUGUAUUUUGACCCCACAAGUGUGGUCCAGUUUACUUAAUCAGGAAAUGGGCCGAAGAACAAACCUUUUCCCUUCAUGAUAACAUCCAUAGACAACUUACUAGAAGGGACUAGAGUUUUCACAAAUUUCCCUGCUGGACGGGGCAGAUAGCUAUACUUAGUAUACGCCUAAACAUGGUUAAUUGGAUAGUAAAUGGUUUUCUAGUUCCAUUGCUGUAUAUUUGCCUAAAUGGACUUGUGUUCAAAUUAUUUCUUCAGUUGUCAUAGAUAACCCUCUACCAAAUGGGGAAGAAUUAGGAAAUAAUCAUGUUGUCUAAUGGUACUCUGGAUUCAGGGCAGCAACUGCCAUUUAAAUGUUGUCUUGUUUAUUUCUAAAUCUGUUAAUGAAGUUUAGGUUUUCCCUGAAACUAAGUUGAAUUAUUUUCCAAAACGAAAUAGGCUUCUCAGGGACAUAUCCAAUUCUUCCCAGUCUGCCUUUGGAUUAAAGCACCAAGCAGAGACCACAUUAUUUCCCUUCGCUAUACUGUGAUCCUUAGUAUGUUCAAUUCUUAAGAAACCAAAAUACCACUGAAAGAAGGCUGGCAGAACACAGGUGAAUUUUUUCACUAUGGGAAGAAAGAUCAAGUGACAUAUUGUUAUUUUUUCAUGGUUGUCACUUAAUGGGCUGAGUAAAAAGCUUGAAAACUCACUUUUGGUCUUGGUUCUGCCACUCAUUGGUUAUGAGGAGGCCCAGAGCAGGUAAGUUCACCUUCCUGGCCUUACUUUCCUGAUGUGUAAUACAGAAUUACUUCAUGGUAGCAUGACAGUAUAAGACACCAGCAGUAGAUACAACUAUGAUGACAUUCCAUGAGUUGGUAUUUUUAGUUCUAACUGCUAAAUUUGUUCUCUUUACGGGACAGAUUUCUAAUAAAGUGCUUGGUCCUGAAAUACAUGGUUGGACAGAGGUGCCCUAUCCCUUAACUAUGAGCAGGUGCUACCUUUUGGGAUAUUUAUUUGAAAUUUUAAUACUUUGGUACUCAAUUGUCAAUGUUCCAUGGUGUGUAUUUUUAUUUUGGGGAUUAGUGGGGGCCUAAAGGGAGAGGAAUAGUCUCUUAAUUACUACCUCUUAACCUAAAGCAAUUAUUUUGUUCCUGGAGCAAGUUAAAUCUUUGUUGGAAGGAGCUUUGGCCAUAUAUUUUUUAGCAUGCGUUGUUUUUGUGCCCUGAAAGUACUGGUUUAAGCACAGACUCAGGAAAAUGGGCCAGUAUAACAGGCCAUCUCCAGGAAAUUAGCUCUAUUUGGGUCCUGACCUUCUCUUCCUGCCAAGCUAGCAGGCUUGCUCUUUCCCAAGGAAUACACAUCUUGCUUUUUUUUUUUUUUUUUUUUUUUUUGCCAUGUUUACCUUUUCUUGGUCGUGUAUAAGCAAUAAAGCUGUUUUUUGUUCUUCACCUUUCUUAACCCCAAAUUUUCUUCUAUGCCUUAGGCUUUGAUGGUUCUUCCAACCCCCUUAAUAUGGCUUAGGGUGGUUUUGCAAAAACCUAUAAUCCCCCAUUUGCACUACUGGCCAUGGAACAUUUAUUUCUAGUGUUCCUGCCAAUCAGAGAUCUCUAUAUUAAAUUCUAAAAUGGGAUUAAAAGAAGAGUUGGAGAAUUCACACUUAUUGAGUAACUGACAUGGUAACAACCUGGAAUUUCUGAAUUCCAAAUAAAUAAAUUUCACUCUUUGAA